AUGAAGACGACUGAUAAAGUGCAGAUACCCUAUGCGCUCUUAGAAGUCCCUUCGAAUCUCGCCCUCAAGAAACUUGGUCCCUCUAGAUGGAUCCCUUUCAUCAUGGCUGCCUGGGGAAUCAUAGUUGUCGCUGAAGGCUUCGUGAAGAGCUUUGGAGGGCUCAUGACAGCCCGAGUGUUUCAGGGCAUGGCAGAGUCCGGCAUCUUCCCAGGCCUGACGUUCUACCUCUGCGUCUGGUAUCCGCGAACGGCCCAUGCCCAAAGAAUCAGUCUUCUAUACUCGGCUGUAACGCUCGCCGGCGCAUUCGGUGGGUUGCUCGCAUUCGCUAUCGUUAAGAUGGACGGGAUCGGAGGUCUGAAUGGGUGGUCUUGGAUCGUAUGUCACAUCAUUCAUCUGGUACAGACACAGCGAGACAGAUCUGCCACGAUAGUGACCUUCUAUCCGGAGAAUGCAUCGUUCCUCACGAAGCUUGAGAGGGAGUGGUUGGUCGAGACCAUCAAGCAGGACAGCACAGGACUCUCGAAAGAGUUCAAGCGUAAGUUCGUCUUCCAGGCUCUUCGCGACCCGCAUGUAUGGAUGCUCUUUGGCAUCCACUUCUGCCUCAUCAUCCCUGCCUACGCCUUCUCCCUCUUCCUGCCCACCAUGAUUACCGGUUUGGGUUUCUCUUCCUCAAAAGCCCAACUCCUCUCCGUGCCGCCAAAUGCCGCAGGCUGUCUCACUACCGUUGUAGGGGGUGUACUAUCUGACCGCUUCCGUGCGCGUGGCCCGUUCAUUCUCGUCGGGUCGCUCACGGCGCUUGCGGGCUAUUGCAUCCUCUUCACAACUGCGGAUUCGUGGACCGGAUAUGUUGGAACGAUACUCGCAGUCUGUGGCCUAUUUCCGAGCAUAGCGUGCGUUCUUGCUUGGGCGGGUGGGAACUCGGGUGGGGAGGUAAAGAGGGUGGUCGCUAUUGCGAUCGUUAUCGGGUGUGGGAAUCUCGGGCCGAUCGUCUCAUCAUUCAUCUAUCGGCAGCAGGACAGCCCACGGUACCUGCCUGGGCAUGGGACUGCCAUCGGCUGCUUGUGUGUCGCGAUCGUGCUGUCUAUGGUGGCAAUGUUGGAGUUCACGCGACUGAAUCGCAAGAAGACUGCAAAGUGUGAGCACGACAGUAUCACAGAGGACAUGGCGGGCGAUUUUGUCGAAAUGGGCGACGCCUCGCCACUCUACAGGCAAGAUUCCUUCCUUCCUUUCCCUCACCGAUCGUUUGACAUUUGA